UGUUAUAUAAAAAAAAUGGAAAACAUAGAAAACUAUUCAAUUUUUGAAGGGAUCGAUUAUGGUCCUAUUUACCCAGUGAUUCAAUCAACAGUAACGACAAUAUCUUCCGGUUCAAGAGAACCAUUAGAAGAUAACCUGUCGAUGUCUCCACUAGUUCAAGCCGGAUGGACGUUGGUUUUCGCUGCGAUGAUUUUUACAGCGGUCGUAGGGAAUUCAAUUGUGAUUUGGGUGGUAAUUGCACAUAGAAGAAUGCGUACUAUAACAAAUUAUUUUCUGGUUAAUCUUAGCGUGGCCGAUUUAUUACUUUCAACGCUUAACUGCACUUUUAAUUUUAUCUACAUGUUACAAGGACACUGGCAAUUUGGAAGAGUGUAUUGUACUGUUAACAAUUUCAUAGCUAACGUAACUGUAGCGGCGAGCGUUUUCACAUUGAUGGGCAUUACAUGCGACAGAUAUUUGGCCAUUGUACAUCCUUUACAACCGAAAAUGUCAAAAACUGUUUCGAUAGUUGUCAUAAUAAUCGUUUGGUCGACGAGUAUGGUUUUGGCUUAUCCCUGUUUACUUUAUUCAGAUACAAUCGUAUACAGGUUUAAAGAUAAAGAAAGAACUGCUUGUCUUUUAAUAUGGCCAGAUGGUACACCGACUGAAUCUAAUUUAGACUAUGGGUACCAAAUAACAUUUUUGGCUGUAACUUACGUAGUUCCAAUGAUUUUAAUGUUGUGGUGUUAUACAGCGAUGGGUUUAGUUCUUUGGGGUUCAAAAUCAAUAGGUGAAAAAACUCAGAGACAAAUCGAAUCAAUCAAUUUAAAACGAAAAGUUGUGAAAAUGUUUAUAUUCAUAGUAACCGUUUUCUGCGUCUGUUGGCUUCCUUAUCAUAGUUAUUUCAUUUACACUCACAUCGAUCGUGAAGUGGUGUACAGUAAAUACGUACAACACGUUUAUUUAGGGUUUUAUUGGUUUGCUAUGGCCAACGCUAUGGUGAAUCCCCUGAUUUAUUACUGGAUGAACGCGAGAUUUAGACAAUAUUAUACAAUAGUUCUUUGUUCGUGGCGAAGAGCUGUAAAAAGAUCGGUAAAAGGUGACUCAAUACCAAUUGUUACGUUUCAAACUACAAACUCGUUACGUUCUGGAAAAUUAGGGUUCAAAUAUAACCCAAGGAACGCAUCGUGCAGGCGACAGAAACCUGAAACCUGCAGGAAUACGACAUCGCAACAUUCAAUAAAGGGAAAAACGAGCGGUUUGAAUAACACGUAAAUAAAAAUGGAAAAUAUGCAAGAUGAAUAUGAAAAAAAUUAAAUUAGUUCUAAGUCGUGUUGUUCGUUUUAUAAAUAAGCAUUGGAACAAAUAAAUAUGCAAUUAGGAGUCCAA